AUGUCGACUAUUGCCAAGACUAUUGUUGCUACUGGCGCAAGCUCGGGCAUCGGUUUUGAGGCCAUCAAGCAAUUGCUCUCGCAAUCGCAGCCUUACAAUUUCGUCCUUGGCGCCAGAGAUCUCAAAACUACAACAGAAGCCUACAAUGCGCUGAACUAUGACAGCAACAGACACUCUGUCACCAUCUUCCCUCUUGAGCUGAAUAACAUGAAAGAUGUCAAGAAAUUCUCGCAGAAGACUCUUGAGAAGUUGGGUUCAAGUCCAAUUGACUACCUCUUGCUCAAUGCAGGGACAGGCAUGGUGAAGAAAGUGGCCCAGACAGGGCCUCAUGGCUCGAAGUGGAUCGAGCCGUACCUCGUCAAUCAUCUCUCACAACACUAUCUCGUCCACCUCUUACGGCCAAAGCUAGAGCAGUCCAAGACCCGGAUUGUGUUUGUUUCGUCUGGCGCCGUACGAGGUGUCAAAGAUACCAGCAUAUUGGAUGACGUAAUGUUAGCUGCCAAGGAGACAGAUAAAGCUGUCUAUGCCCCUACCAAAUUUACCCAACUCCUUAACGCGCACUGGUGGCGCCGUCAACUCAAGGGUACUUGUGAUGUGGUGGCUGUGUCACCGGGCCUAAUCCCACACACAGGUAUCAGUCGGGGUAGUGAGAUGAAAAUACCAGACACCCUUCCCGACGCGAAGAGUGUACCUGAAGGUGCGCAAAGUGUCCUUGCAGCUCUCACUCGUAACGACUUCCCAGAGGAUCCUGAGCAAAUUUUCCUUACGAGCUGGGGAGAAUGGUGGCCAAAGGACGUCUACGGUCUGACGCUUGACAAGGGCCUCCAAGAGAAGUGGUCGCCGAGCCAAGCAGAUAUUGAGAGAGAAGAAGGCAUUACCUCCUAA